CGACGAUCCCAUUCUUGUGCUGCAGGCAGCAUUCCGGGUGGAGAGAAAACGACAUUUAGGCCGUCAACCUUUAUAAAGCACAUUAGGUAGUGUGUGUGUCUACAACAACAAGAGACCUUUAAACAAACUAUGGGCUCUCCAGGGCAGAUCCCAGGAAAAGACAAGGAUAUGUAAUCUGGCCUCCAUCCUACUCCUCUUUUGCUGCUCCCCUAAAGUACCCUUUCCAACACUUAAGCAGUGGUGAGAAGUCAGCGUUCCCCAGCUGCUGUGCGGGCACACAUGGUGCAUAGCUACCAUUCCCACAGCCCGACUACAUCAGUCUCGAGGGCACAACCACUAGCUAGCUAGUGGGCUAGCCGUUCCCACUGAAGGACGGACGGUCUUUUUGGAAGAAACUACAAACUUGUCUCGGCUCAUUCUUCAAAAAGCCAGUUGAGUUUAGUGUGAUUGACAGAGGCAAAUAAGGAGACAAUUAAAAGGUUGAUGGAGGCCAACAUGGAGAGCUGCCUGGCCCACGUCCUGCAGAAAGAUGUGGGCAAGCGCCUACAGACGGGCCAAGACAUCAUUGACUAUAUCUUGGACAAAGACAAGUCUCGGGACCUUGAACAGGACCAGACUGCUCUUGAUAAGAUGGUGGAUGGUAUCGCAAGCUCUUGGGUCAACUCCAGCAAUUUCAAGGUGGCUCUCCUCGGCUUGGACAUGCUCUCUGCUUUACUGACCAGGUUACAAGAGCGCUUUAGAGCUCAGGUGGGAACAGUUCUGCCCAGUCUUAUUGAUCGAUUGGGGGAUUCCAAAGACCAAGUGAGAGAACAAGACCAAGCACUGCUGUUGAAGAUCAUGGAACAAGCUGCAACUCCGCAGUUUGUUUGGGACCGAAUGCUGGGAGGCUUCAAACAUAAGAACAACAGGACAAGAGAAGGAGUGUGCCUUUGCCUUAUUGCCACAUUGAAUAUGUAUGGAGCCCAUGGCCUGACGCUCAGUAAGAUUGUUCCGCACAUAUGUAACCUAUUGGGGGAUCCCACCAGUCAGGUUCGAGAUGGCGCUAUGAGUAGCCUGGUGGAGAUCUACAGACAUGUGGGAGAGAGAGUCAGGAUGGAUCUCAGCAAGAAAGGCCUGCCUCAGUCACGCUUGAAUGUCAUCUUCAGCAAGUUUGAUGAAGUUCAAAGAUCCGGGAACAUGAAUCCCUCCUCCGGAUCAGAUAAGAACUUUGAAGAUGAGGACUCUGUUGAUGGAGGCCGGUCCUCCUCCUCGUCAUCCUCUAAAGCACCUCCUGGUGGUAAGAGGCCUGUUAUAACUUCUGCAAGAAGACCCAGCUCUGCAACUACAGCAAAGACCACAGGUAAAGAAGCAGGUGCCGGUGCUGUUGAUGAAGAGGAUUUCAUCAAAUCCUUUGAAGAUGUGCCCUCAGUUCAGAUUUACUCCAACAGGGAGCUGGAGGAGCAGCUGAGUAAGAUCAGAGAAAUUCUAUCAGACGACAAACACGACUGGGAGCAUCGAGUGGUAGCCCUGAAAAAGGUUCGCUCAUUGAUGAUGGCGGGUGCAGCAGAGUAUGAAGGUUUCCCUCAGCAGCUGCGUCUACUGGAGGCGUCGCUCAAAUUGUCGGCUAAAGAUCUGCGCUCACAGGUCGUCCGCGAGGCCUGCAUCACUUUGGGACAUUUGUCAUCCCUUCUGGGUAACAAGUUUGACCACGGGGCAGAAAGCGUCAUGCCCAUCCUGCUCAACCUGGUGCCCAACAGUGCCAAAAUCAUGGCGACGUCUGGAAUGGCUGCGAUCCGUCUAAUCCUGCGGCAUACACACUACCUGCGUCUUAUCCCCAUCAUUACAAGUAACUGCACCUCCAAAUCAGUCGCAGUCAGACGACGCUGUUAUGAGUUUUUAGACUUAAUGCUGCAUGAGUGGCACACAAACACACUGGAAAGACAUGUUGCUGUCCUCACUGAAACCAUCAGGAAAGGAAUCCAUGAUGCUGAUUCUGAGGCUAGAUCCAUUGCCAGGAAAUGUUACUGGGGCUUUCAUGGUCACUUUAGCCGUGAGGCAGAGCACCUGUUCCAAGCGCUGGAGUCCACAUAUCAGAAAGCACUGCAGACUCACCUGAAGAGUUCCGACAGCAUCGUUUCUUUACCCCAAUCAGAUCGUUCCUCGUCGUCUUCACAGGAAAGUCUAAAUCGACCACUGUCUGUGAGGACUGUCAUUGGAGGCAGCUUAGCAAGAACUAAGAUAGUGAGCACCCGCUUACCACUUACACCAGGUGCCCUCCAACGUUCCCGUAGCGACGUGGAUGUAAACGCUGCCUCCAGCGCCAAGUCCAGGGUGUCUGCUGUUCCAGCAUCCUCACCAUUCAGCUCAGCAGCCGCCCUUCCCCCUGGAUCUUAUGCUUCAUUAGAUGGCACCCCUGGUAAAAGUGAUGGUCGUGUUCGUACCAGAAGGCAAAGUUCUGGAAGUACAAGCGGGUCCAGUACAUCAGUGGUGGACCGUCGAGGGCGCAGUCGAGCCAAAGUGGUGUCCCAGUCCCAGCCUGGUAGUCGCUCCAGCUCCCCAGGAAAGCUGCUUGGACGCGGCAACCAUGGUCGCGUCCCUCGCACCACAGUGUCCGUGUCCAACACGCCAGCUGACAAGCGCAGCAGGAUCCCUCGCAGCCAAGGAUGCAGCCGAGAGACCAGCCCGAGUCGCCUUGGCUUAGCCCGGAGCCGCAUUCCCCGUCCCAGCAUGAGUCAGGGUUGCAGUCGCGAUACUAGUCGCGAGAGCAGCCGCGACACCAGCCCUGCCCGGGGCUUCACUCCUCUGGCCUCUCGACGUCACUCCCGUUCAACCAGUGCUCUCACAGCCGACCCCAAUGGCCAGUCAGAUCGCUAUGGGUUGAUCCACCAAGCUAGAAUCUCAGCAUCAGUAAAUGCAAUGAGGGUCCUUAACACUGGAACUGAGGUGGAAGCCGCAGUUGCUGAUGCUCUGCUGUUAGGAGACUCCAGGAAUAAGAGGAAGCCAAUGAGGCGGCGGUACGAAUCACCAGGAAUGUACUCUGAUGAUGACGCCAACAGCGACGCAUCCAGUGCCUGCUCAGAGCGCUCGUAUGGUUCAAGAAACGGCGUCAUUCCACAUUACCUUCGCCAGACUGAGGACGUGGCGGAGGUUCUUAACCACUGUGCCAGUUCCAAUUGGUCCGAACGGAAGGAGGGUCUUCUGGGACUUCAGAAUCUGCUCAAGGGCCAAAGGAUAUUGAGUCGAGUGGAGCUGAAGAGACUUUGUGAAAUUUUCACAAGAAUGUUUGCAGAUCCACACAGCAAGGUGUUCAGCAUGUUCCUGGAGACUCUUGUGGAUUUCAUCACGGUGCACCGGGAGGACCUGCAGGACUGGCUGUUUGUCCUGCUCACCCAGCUGCUGAAAAAGAUGGGUGCAGACCUGCUUGGUUCAGUCCAGGCCAAAGUCCAAAAAGCUUUGGACAUCACAAGAGAGUCUUUCCUGUUUGACCAGCAGUUUAAUAUUUUAAUGAGGUUCAUUGUGGAUCAGACACAGACCCCAAACCUGAAGGUGAAGGUGGCCAUUUUGAAGUACAUUGAGUCUUUGGCGCGGCAAAUGGACCCGACAGACUUUGUCAACUCCAGCGAGACUCGCCUGGCCGUGUCUCGCAUCAUCACCUGGACCACUGAACCCAAAAGCUCUGAUGUCAGGAAGGCUGCCCAGGUGGUGCUGAUUGCCUUGUUUGAGCUCAACACGCCAGAGUUCACCAUGCUGCUGGGAGCGCUGCCCAAGACCUUCCAGGACGGUGCCACCAAAUUACUGCACAACCACCUAAAGAACUCAAGUAACGGCAGCAGCAGCAUUGGGUCUCCAAGUAACACGAUUGGUCGCACGCCACCUCGCCACAUGCCGAGUAGAAGCAGCCCACUCACCUCUCCAACUAACUGCUCACAUGGAGGACUUUCGCCAAGCAUGAUGGAGUACGACACUGAGAACAUGAACUCGGAGGAUAUCUACAGUUCCCUGCGUGGAGUCACAGAGGCCAUCCAGAGCUUCAGCUACCGCAGCCAAGAAGAUCUGAAUGAGUCUAUCAAACGAGAGGGCAAGCGAGACGAUGCGGCGGGGAGAGAAGGAAUAUCUUCUAGUCCUGCUUCUGAUGCUCGCCCGGGAUCAGAUGCACAGGAAGUGGGCCGCACUGCCUUGGACAACAAGACGUCGUUGCUGAACACACCGUCACCACGCUCAUUUUCCGGGCCCAGGAGUCGGGAAUUUGCUCCUUACGGCCACGGAGAAACCAUCUGCACGUACGACAAGAGCGCCCUGAAGGAGGCAGUGUUUGAUGACGACGUGGAACAGUUCCGUGACUGCUCUCGUAAGGAAAGUGCUGAAAACGCCAGGAGAUUUCCUGUUGGUCAGGACCAUUCAGACCUGGUUGCUGACCUGCUGAAGGAGCUGUCCAAUCACAAUGAGCGCUCUGAUGAACGUAAGGGUGCCUUGGUGGAGCUACUGAAGAUCACGAAAGACAAUAGCCUGGCUGUGUGGGAUGAACAUUUCAAAACCGUCCUCCUCCUCCUGCUUGAAACACUGGGAGAUAAAGAUCACACAAUCCGAGCCUUGGCGCUGCGUGUGUUGAAAGAAAUAUUACGGAAUCAGCCGACCCGCUUCAAGAAUUAUGCAGAACUAACAAUCAUGAAGACCUUGGAGGCGCACAAAGAUUCUCACAAAGAGGUGGUGCGUGCGGCUGAGGAGGCGUCUUCAACGCUGGCAGGAUCAAUUCAUCCUGAACAAUGUAUCAAAGUUCUGUGUCCCAUUGUACAAACUGCUGAUUAUCCAAUCAACUUAGCUGCCAUCAAGAUGCAAACUAAAGUCAUUGAACGCAUCACCAAGGACUCACUAGUGCAGCUGCUGGUUGACAUCAUUCCUGGUCUGCUGCAGGGCUACGACAACACAGAAAGCAGUGUCCGCAAGGCCAGUGUGUUUUGUCUGGUGGCGAUCUACUCUGUAAUUGGUGAGGACCUCAAACCUCACCUGGCACAGCUGACAGGCAGCAAGAUGAAAUUAUUAAAUUUGUACAUCAAGAGAGCUCAGACGACAAACAGCAACAGCAGCAGUUCUUCUGAUGUUUCCUCCCACAGUUAACAACUUUGCUCAUCUUCAACGUCACGUAGAACACGUUCAUACCCCUUCAACCAAAUGUACAAAUCAAUUACUUCAUUAGAAAAUACAUGUACAAAAAAAGCAUAACUCUUGUAGUUUAUUUGAAGUAGUUUUAAGUUAAUUAAGAAACAAAACACUAUUGUAUUCUUAUUUUGUAAUGGAACAAUGGCUUACACAUUUUGGAGCUUUUUUUUUUCUUAAGAGUUGGAUGAGACCACAAGUAUACACACGCGCAAGCACACACACACGCUGACUGGCAUGUACAAAGUAUUAGCUUACUAAAAACUGUGAAUUAAUUGUGACAAUGCAAACGCAGUAUUCUCCUGUGUGUACCACCAAUAAUUAAGUAGUACUUUGUAAAUACACGUGUAGAAUUCUGCUUGGCAACGUGUGGCUUGCUGAUGUCAAUCAUUUCUACCUUUAUUUGGCGUAAAAUAUUUCCAUUUUUGUGGACAAAAAAAAAGAAAAACUCGUGAAAAAGUUUUUUUUUUUAAAUCCAGCAUCAAUUUAAGAUAAAACUGUCCAAACUUUUUACAGCCAAUAAAAAAAUGACUAAAACCUGGAUGGCGUCCAUUUUGAUAAAAUACACAAAAAACAAAUCCAAUGUAAGUCAAGCAGUUAAAUAUACUUAACAUUCUAAAUACAUUUUUAUUUAUUAUUUCCUUCAUCUAAAAUGUAUUUAUUUAAUUUUCAAUGCUUGUGUGUGUGUGGGGGAGCGGGGUAAAUUUAUUUUGUAAGUUAUUAUUUUUUUUUUUAAAUUUAAAUAAUUCCUAGCUCAUGAGAUUUAGUUUUAGUAUUAUUAUUUUUAUUUAAAUGCCUUUAAUUGUAUUUGAUCUCACAUCUAAUAUAUUUUAUUUAAAUAUUUUGUAGGUGCAUACAAAAUAAAAUGCCUUCCUAUUUAUUUUACCCAUCUGAAACUUUAAUGAAUUAAUACAUUCUUCAAACCCAUACAGUAUAUAAAAGGCCUUUAUAAUUGUAUAUGAUGAUCUUAAAUCUAAUAUUGUCUUUUCACUAGGUACAUACAUAAAAAUAGAACCCAAUACAUUUUGUCUAAAUAAAUAAGAAAAAUCCCUAUCUAAAACUUUAAUACAUUUUUAUGUUUCCUUGUUACAUAAAUAUUAAAUAAGCCAAUAUAUUAUAUUUAUUUUUAUUUUAUUUUUUUUGGUCAAAUGUAUUUAUAAUUUUGAAUAACCUCAAAUCAAAUAUUUUUUUGAUUUGAGAUUAUACACAAUUAUAAAGAUUUAAUAAAUUAAUGUAUUUCCAGAUUUUAUAAAUAUCACAUAAGCCAAUAAGUUAGAAAAAAUGUAGAAAAUAUAUUAUUAUUUAGAUUAUACAUACAUACCCAUUUUUUUUAUUUUUACAUAGCAAACAACUUUUUCUCAUAACGUGUGAAUAUUUUCAUUAUUAUUGAGUUCUUGAUUAUGUUCUAAUGCAGACUGUUUUGUUUAUUUUAUUUCCAUCUUAAAUGAAAAAAAAAAACACUUUUAGCCUGGUCUGCUGUUAACACCACAGUUCUAUUUUGGCACUUAAAAUUGUCCCAUCCCCUCUGCAGAUUACACGCUGGUAAUUUUGGUACGACUUUUGUACCAGAUUUUGGACAAGCUUGACUUAAAGCAGGAGUGUCCAAAGUGUGGCGGAAGCUCAAGUUUUGUUGGCCCGCACAUAUUGUUGAAAAUAAAUUUAACAAAAAAAAACAUAAUUUAAUGCAAAAAAGCAGAAUGUUUGAUAAUUAAUCAUUUUAAUAAUAUUAUUAAUAAGUAUUAUUACGCUUUGUCACUUAUAACACACAGCUGACACAAAUGUUUGUCUUUAACUAUACAUUUCUGGUUUUAGCAGCCAUUUUAGUUUUUUUGAAAAUGGCUCCAUGCUUUGACUUUUCAGUAUGUGGCCAUUGGUGGAAAAAGUUUGGACACCCCUGAUUUAUGGAGAUGAAUGGGUCUUUUUAUACAACCCAAAAAAUAUUUGCAAAAAAAAAAUAGAUUUGAAAUUAAAACAAAAUAUUUCCAAACCCAAAAUGUUGGUUACAAAUCAUUUUUGUGGUUACAAACUGUUUUAUUUUUAGUUGCAAAUCUUUUUUAUUUUCAUUUAUUUAUUUUUUUUGGCUGGACCACCGCUAAACAAUACAAGGCAAGCAAAACAUUUUGUUUGUUAGAACAUUUUUUGAUUGCAUAAAAAGACAUGUUUUUCUCCGUACUGACUUACGAUGUCAAAAGGUAUGAAAAAGUGUAAAACGUUGAAGUCAGCAUUAUUCAAUAUAAUGGUUACUUUGGUGCCUUUGAGCAACAAUCUUCAUCAAAAGAAGAACUUUUAGUUGAAAGGUUUUUGAUUUUCUAAUCAAUGAAUGUUUUCUUACUUUCCUCCAUCGCAUGUUGGAUCACAUGCAACAUGGACGCCUUCUUAAUGUACAUGCCAGCUCUUUGGAUAUCUUUUCGUAUUUCUGACAUUUCAAUAUUUGUAUUUAUUUGAUGAGUCAUGCUAACAUGUGCAUGAUGAUGACAUCACUGCUGGACUUGCAACAAUGGAAAUAAAAUGUUUCAGUAACAAACAGACUGACGAUUUAUCUCUGCUUGUU